ACCGCAGCGCCCCCCUCCUCAUUCUUAUGCGGAGAGGAAAAAGGAGGGGAGAAGCCUCCAUAGCAAGCUAUGGCUGAAUUAUAAAUAAUUAUUAAUAUCGAACCAAAAUAAUUAUUUUAAAUACAAAAACGGAAGCUCAUUGGAACCAAGAUUAAGGACCUGAGUAACGUCGCAUUAACUCGCUGGCUACUCGACACCUAUCGGAUAGGAGGUGAAAUGGAGGGAUAAUUCCAAAGAAAAGAAAAAGCGGCCUAUUUUGUUUCCGAUAUCCAGGAGCCGCUGCUGCAGACUCGCGGUCGCAGUAAACAUCUAUCUGCGUUUCUGUCGUUUGCUUUAUUUGCUAACUGGUUUAACAGGUCCUUGCGUUGAUUUAUUGUUUGUCUGCGUUUGAUCUAGAAGCUAGCUAGCUAGCUGUUUAGCUAGCAAGCUUUGAAAGUAACGAAGUAGGAGGGGAUUGUGUGGAGCGGCCUGUUUUGUUUUUGCAACGACACCGCCAUGAGAAACGGCGGACAAUAAACAUUUUUUUCCAUCUUAAUAUUUUUUUCGAAAGUCCCUUAAUGCUUUGGAUCGGAGCAUUAUCCGGGGGAGGAAGAAGUGGUAUUACUUCGGAAGAAAACAUUGAAAUCAAAGAGGAGCAAGAAAACGAGAACGACUGGGAUCUAAGGGCUCGGUUUGAAUUCUGGUACAGCCUGCGUACUACCAGCUAGCUAGUAGUAAUUGGAAGCCAGCUUUGACUCGACAGUAAUAGAGCGCCACUAGCGUUUUGUUGUUGAAUUAUAGCUCAAAAUAGGAGUAGCUGGUGCGGCUGUUAUGGAAGACAAGUGAUCUGUUUUGCGGGGAAAAUACAAUUGGAAUAUUUUUUCUCUUUGUAUGUCAUUAUUAUUUUUUAAUUAUAUUCAAGUUAAAGACGUUCAUUUGAUGAUGAUGCUGGUUUGGGCGUAUUUCGUGCCAUGGAAGAGGGGAAAGCGCUGAGGCUAACUGAUGAUGACACGCUGUUUUACGUUUUGUUCCUAAAACAGACUAUUUUGUGCGUGUAGUGACAGCUUGAGUUAAAAGUGCCACUUUGCAUCGUCCAUUACAGUUGGGAUAUAUCAUCGAACCACCCAUCUAUGUUUUAUCCCCAGAACUGACACUGCCACAAUAAAUUUUAUACAUCCAUGCUCACUGCAAGAGUAGCGAGCUCCUCGCCCUCCUUGGAGACUAGGGUCGACGAAGUAGCGAACCAGGUCUACCACAUGACCAACAUUCGGCCGAAUUAAAGGAAAUCAUCUCCUGGGUCAAACGGCGGAUCUGUAGCGUGUCUUCAAUUUUCUAGAACUGGAUCUAUCUGGUGUGAAGCUGCUGAAAUGAACCCGGUGAAUGCCACCGCUCUCUACGUGUCAGCUUGUCGUUCGGUGCUGCAGUGUGAUCCGCGGGACCCUCAGUCCUUUGCCGAGCUUUGUAAGCUCCUGCCGUUUUUCAGGCAGUCCCUCUCAUGCCUCGUUUGCGGGAAUCUGCUGCAAGAUCCUAUAGCUCCUACUAACUCCUCUUGCCAGCACUAUGUUUGCAAAGCCUGCAAGGGAAAGAAGAUGAUGAUGAAGCCAUCGUGCAGCUGGUGUAAGGACUAUGAGCAGUUUGAGGAAAAUAAGCAGCUCUGCAUCCUGGUGGAAUGUUACAGGAAGCUGUGCGAGUACAUCACAGAGUCCCCCCUGGCCCAGCAGAUUGCCAGUGUUGUUGGUGGCUCUUCGGACAUUUUGGCAAUGCUGAGAGAGGGCCUGUCUUUGACUGAGAUGAAACCCGAGGAGCCCCAAGUCUGCCUGUCGCUCGACCUGUCACAUUCCCCUACUCCCUCCACCUCAGAGGAGCCCAGCGUGGCCCAGCUGGAGACCCCCCCUGAGCUCCCAGAGGCCCCCCUGACCCCACCCAGCAUCAAUGGGCUGCACGACUGCAACGGCCUGACCACGGUGGACGAGCUGGCAGCCAGCUUGCCCUCCCCGGGGACGGCCGCAUCCGUAGCCAUAGACGUGUGUGGCACGGUGGCGGUGGUGGAGGAGGAGGAGGAGGAGGGGCUGAAGGCGGAGGGUUUCACGCGCGAGAUGCCGGUCUGCGAGGCGGUGGCGGCGGGAGACCUGUGCACGGACGGUAUCCACAUAUGCAGCUUUAGCGAGGAUAUUAAGCACGGGAGCGAUCCUCUGCUGCUCAGCGUGGAGGAGGUGCUUCGAAGCCUCGAACCCGACCCCGACCCGGACCCUCCGGCCGAGGACCUGCCUGACGUCCUGCCCCCCUCUUCCUUGCAGGCCUCUGGGACCCUCAACGGGCCUUUUCCCGAGGCCCAUCGACAGCCUUCCCUCCCCCUGGACUCCGGGGCUUUUGCUCCUUGUCAUCCGCAGCCCCCCUCCUCUGGGAUCUCCUGCUCCGCCGCCACGCCCAGGGCAGCGCGGCCCAACAGGAAGCGCUCGCGGUCAGAGAGCGACAGUGAGAAGAUCCAGCCCUUGCCCAUCUCCACCAUCAUCCGGGGCCCUCCCCUCGCCACGGCGCCCAUCGCAGUCAAGCGGGAGCCCAAGGUCCUGGUACAGGCUGCAGCCACGGUUCCCAAUGGCGGGGCGCCUAAGGUCACCAAAACCCUGCUGGUGUCCAGCAAAGGCAUUAAGAAGACCCCUGACCACGGGGCCAAAAAGGCGUACAACAAGGCCAAGCAGGGGGUCCCCAAGUCCAAGGACAAGAUCAAAGAGAGGACUCCCAACAAUAGCUUGAUUCCAGGGAGCCCCACUAAAGUGGUCUACAAGAAGCCCCAGGAGAAGAAGGGCUGUAAGUGCGGCCGGGCCACCCAAAACCCAAGUGUUCUUACGUGCCGUGGCCAGCGGUGCCCGUGCUACUCCAACCGCAAGGCCUGCCUGGACUGCAUCUGCCGGGGCUGCCAGAACUCCUACAUGGCCAAUGGCGAGAAGAAGCUGGAGGCCUUCGCGGUCCCGGAGAAGGCCCUGGAGCAGACCCGGCUCACUCUGGGUAUUAACGUCACCAGUAUCGCCGUGCGGAACGCGGGCACCAGCGCCAGCGUCCUCAACGUCACGGCUGGUUCCCCCGUCACCUCGUUCCUGGCUGCCAGCCCUCAUGACGACAAGAGCUUUGACGAAACUCUUGACAUGAGGUUUGACUGCUGAGCCAUGUGGACGUAGCGAUGUUGCCCUCCCCGUUUUCCCCUACUGCCCUGUAUACAUUUUCUGUGAGAUCGAAGAGGGGAGGGGAAAGGGGCUGAGUUAAACAAGAGUGGGGGGUGUCUACAAUAUGGCAGCUACUGUGGUUCUGUUCCAGUUCAGAUUAGUAGUAAAUUAGUAAAUUGCCAAAGUUCAUGCCUGUGAAUCACUUGUAUUGUGCAUUCUGUCUUAGACACUGCUGCGGGUUUGAAAAGGGGGGAAGAAUGUUGCUGUACUUUUUUUAAAAACUACAAGUGGUUUAUGCUUCAUGAUCUUUGGCAAGAGAAACUCGACCUCGUUGUUGUGGGUCAUGAUAUGUGCAGAAUCGAAUGAACGGUUCAGGUUACAAAAAAUAAAAAAAAUUUAAAAAAUGCAGAUGUGUUCAAGAAAUGGUACCUGCAAUGUCAGUAGAAACUGGUUGUAUUUAUAAUCUUUUUUUUUCUUGUUUUUUUUGUACACAGACUUAUCAAAUUCCAUUUAAAGAUACAUUUUAUGAUAUAUUUUAUAAGUUACAUUAACAACAUUUGCAGUAUUUAUUGGAUGUCAUCUAACAUAGAGUACUGUCUAUAGGGCACCAUCAGGAUACCAUUUCUACAGAUGCAAAGAAGAGAGAUGCAGUACCUACGGUUUCUGUCUAAAUUAUGUUGCUGUCCUGUUUGUGCUAGUUUCUGCUGUCUCAGAAAAUACAUUGUAUUUUUUCCCGUGGGGCAUUUAAAAACCUGUAAUAUAAAUGUAACAUAUUUCCACAAAAAUGAAAAAGAAAACCUUA